AUGUCAGGUUUCUUCGGUUUCGACACCUCCCUUCCCGAGAGGGGUGGUCAACGAGGAGGAGGUCAACAGCAAUUUUCGGGAUUUCAAGCCUCCAAUGUGGACGAGACGUUUGCAUUGGGAGGAGCAGGUGAAGAAGAAGAUUUGGCGGUGUAUACCUGGGGUGAAGGAGGUAUGGGAGGUGGAGGAUUGUUGGAAGGUGGUGAUGAGUUGAAUGAUGAGACUUUUGGUGAUGAUUUGGGUGAAAUAAGUAACAACUUCCAGUUCUCCUCUCAGCCCGCUCCGGCGCCCUCGGCAAAAGGUAAAAUAGCCUCAACCCAAUCGAGAUAUAAACCUAAGCCCGUGUCAGAUCCAUUCGCAUUUUCAGAAGAUGAUUUCUAUUCCUCUAGACCUACGAAAAAGACCACCACCGCCAAAGCUCCUUCUCGACCUAAACCGCCCACAGCUCAAUCGGGUUCAGUGGAGAAUCUUUGGAACAAGCCCGCUGUAUCUAGUCCAGCAUGGGGCACAGCUCCCAGCUCGAUGACCAAACCUACCCCUCCUCCUUCAGCUUCUUUCUCCUCUCAGCCUCCUGCUCCCGGUCACAUCAAGUCCCUAGAAGAAAUUGAAGCGGAGAUGGCUCAGAUGGCUAUUCCAUCCACCUCUACUGCUGCACCAACUCAACAGAAGGUACUUUCGCUCGAGGAGAUAGAGAAACAAAUGAUGGAACAAAUCGAGCCACCUCGACAAGCUACACCUCAACAACCUGCUCCCCCAAGAGAAGCUACACCAACUCAAGUUCCAGGUCUUGCAGGUUCCGGAUACGCGUCCCAACAAGCUUUGUUGGAUAGUAUGUUCCCUGAAUUGGGUAAAGGUCCUUCUUCGGCUCUUGGUGGAUCUACACCCGCUUUCCCACCUGGACCAAGACAAGAAGGGCAACCUCAGCCUCCUCAACCUCCUCAGCCAUCUCCAGAGGAACUAGCAAGGAUGGAAGAGUUACACAAGAGAAUAACAAGCAAGAUCCAGUCUAUGGCUAAAUACAAUAACCUCAUGGGAUCAUCCGAUAAAGAUUUCAUCACUCGUAUACAACUUUCUCAACUUGCUACUGCCGAUCCCUACACUUCCGAUUUCUACGCUCAAGUUUUCUCGGCCCUCAAAAGAAGUAGAAUGAUAGCUGAGGGACAAGGUGAUGGACCGACUGUUGUACAGGUCGGCGCUGGUAUGGGUCUAGGUGUAGGUGGUCCAGUAGGAAAUAGGUUCGGUAAAAUGGGUCAGAAUACUAUGACCAAGCUUUCUACGCAGGUCAAGAAGUUGGUAGAAAAUAGAGCUCAACAUCAGAAAGUCACUAAUACAGCUGCUCUACAAGGAGCUCUCGGUAGAGUGACUCGAGGUAAUGCCGCUGCGCCCCGACCUGUACUUGCCAUUCCAACAAGUAACAAACCUGAAAACCGACCUGCUUCCCAACUCAACCAACAAACUGGUAUCCAUCGUGCGGCUUUGACGAAGAAGCAAGUCAUGUUUGCCCUUGAAGAGUUGUAUGAUGCUAUCUUGGAGCUUGAGCAGAUGAGAAGGGAUGCCCCACCCCCUACAGCUAUGGAAGAAAUUGAGAUUUGGCAUGCUAAAUGUCAAGCCAAGGUGGAUAUCAUCUGGAGGAGGUUAAUGGUGAUGGAACCACUUGAUAUUAGUAAUCCCCAUCCAUUCAUUUCACUUAUCAAUCCAAUCAAAGGACAAAAGCUCUUCCCUCGACUACUGAGACACCUCCCUCAUACUCAAAGUAUUACCUUGCUCUCACUUCUAAUCGCCACUUACACUCAGCUCGACGUAGUAUCAAGAGCACCCCCGCCUCCCGUAGCAGAUGCCUCCCUGCUCACCAAAGCUGAUCGACUAGAUCGAGCUAAGAGAGAAGCUGAGACUGAUAGUUUCCUGCAAUUUGUUAUCCCUGGUGUGGAUAUGAUCAUCAACCGAUGUGGUCUUGGUCUCGUAGCUGGAAUGUUGGCCAUUUCAGCGCAGCGAUCGGAAGUUUGGAGAAUCGCUGCUACAAGGCCUGGUGUCGCUUUGUACACAGCCUUAUUGUCAAAGGCUCAGAGUUUGAUUCGAUCGCCUACACCAGAUCCUAUGAACCCUCAACAGAAUCAGCAAAUCGAUCCAGCAGAGCUUGAACAAUGGUCCAAAACAUUCACAUACUUCCUCCACGUCCUUCUCCCUCACCUGAACGACCUCUUCCCAUCGUCCGUCGCUCAGAAAGCGGCCUUCGGUCCCGGUGCAUACCUGAUAGGAGGCGAUGCAGUCUCGGAUAGAGAAGGUCAAGAGAUGGAAAGGCGUGAAGCGGAAGUAUGGGGUUUCGUAGCUGUCUUGGCUGUCAAUGCGGCAGAGGAAGAUCAGACGAAUUUGGUGGCUGCUUUGCGAGAGAAGAUCUUACACACCGUCCAAUCCUCCAGACAUCCAAACGUAUCCCCAGCAAGAGCAGAAAUGAAAUUACGAAAUGUCAAUAUGUUCUUGAAUGGUUUGGGUCUCGAUGCCUCGAUGAUCGAGUAG